AUGUCUAUACUAGCUCAGAUUCGAUACACGUUAUGGGCAGCUGCAAAUCGUGAGAGCCUGCGACCAACGAUGGCCGUCAACACAUUUGCAGACCUUAAACCACCGCAAGGCACUAAGGUUCUAAUCCUCGAUAAAGAUAACUGCUUUGCCAAACCCCACCACUUGGAAGUUUGGCCUGCAUUCAAACCCAGAUGGGAUGAGCUGGUGAAAGAGUACAAAGUGUACGUUUUAAGCAACACUGCCGGCGAUUUGGAGCAUGAUCCGCACGGGAAGCUUGCCGAGGAGUUGGAGAGUGUGUUGAACGUACCAGUUAUUAGGCACGAACAAAAAAAGCCCAUGUGCUACAAGACCCUGGGAGAUCAAUUUGUCUCGGAGGGCUACAAGCCUAGCGAUUUGUGCGUUGUGGGCGAUCGGUUGGCUACAGAUAUUCUUAUGGCUAACUUGAUGGGCGCGAAAUCAUGUUGGAUCCGGCCAGGUGCCCAUCCCAAAUGGUUAAAUCACCUUGAAAUGAUGCUCUACAAGUAA